UUUGUUUACAGCGCUGGUGUUCAUUGUUGCUGCUGACGUAAUGUGAUAAUAGAACGUUGACAUUUUAUGAUCAACACAGAAAAGGAUAUUGUUUAUUUUAAGUGAAAAGUCAGAUUAUUCAAUGUGUUGCAUUCUUAGUAAACUCUUUAUAAACAACUAAGCUACAACCUUUGUUAGGUAUAUGGAGAUAUACAAUCUACAAAUGAUUAAAUAUAAACCAUUUUUACUUUAUUAUGGACCAUAAUAAUUCAUUGUGGGGUGAAAUGUUUCUCCAACAAGUUAUUCCAAUGAAUUGUCAUCAGACGUUUCUCAUAUUGUGCUUUCUAUCAAAGACUUGUACGGGUUCUCUGCUAUCACUAUAUAUUCAUGCAGAACUGUGACUGUGGUUUUGUGCUCACAGCAUUACAAAUAAAUAUAUGAAAGUUCACCAACUGUUUCUCUGGAUGGGCCGCAGACCUCAGAGAGAAAGUAGAGACUAAACCUUUUUUUUGGUCCCAGUGUAUUUUUUUUUACUUUAAUCCCCGAUAUUUAGUAGUUUUAGUUGCUUGGAAAGAGACUCAGUCAAAGCAGUUAUUUUUUAAUUGAUGGAUUAAAUGUAGACUCUUUUCUGGGGGUUUGAGAAGCAUUUUAACAUCACGCAAGAUUAUAAUAAUGUUAGUCACUGUCUCUUAACUUUUAACUUGUCUUGUUCUGUGUUUUCUCUCUGUAACUAUGUGUUGCUGCCUGUCUUGGCCAGGUCUCCCUUGAAAAAGAGAUUUUUAAUCUCAAUGGGACUCACCUGGUUAAAUAAUUUUAAAAGGAAGUAAAUGGACAAAAGUUUCAUUUCUUUUUUUGUGGGGGAAAAUGUCAGCUGACUGAAGGAUUAUAGUCACAUGUGUCAUUUACAGGCUGGUAGAGUUUCAUACUGACAAAACAAUCAGACAAGACUUUGGCAGCACAGCUUUUGACAGAGCCAGGCUAGCAUUUCCCAGUCUUUAUGCUAAGCUAAGCUACACUCCAACUUAAGCUCCAUACUUAACACACGGACAUGAAAUCUAAAUAUUUGAUCAUUGUGGAGGCCCAGUUCUGCAAUGUGAUGCAAAUUAAUAUCUUGUAAGUCACAGAAAUGACAAAAGAAUCAUAAAAAUUACUUUAUUUUCGUGUCAUGCACUUAACACCCCCAAACCUCACGGGACGUCACACCUAGUAUCUCCAAAUAACGACAAUCGGGUCAGAACGCUGAGAAGGUUUCUCCAUAUUUUGAGAUGCUGCGUAAUUAUUUCAAGAACGUUUCUCACUAUAAUGACUUACAGCGUUUUUUAUCACAACCAAUGUAAAUAUAUUUGAAUCAUCAGCAUACAUUUAAAGCCUUGACAGAAAACCAGACUUGUAAUGAGGUUAAAUUUGUAAAUUUGGGAUAAAAGUGACCCACCAAUCUGAAAACUAUGUCUCCUCUCAGGGAGAUGAUCUACUGGGUUGUGCUGAUCUCUUGUGCCAGUGGGUUGAAUGUGGAGGGGGGUUCUUCAAUCUUCUAUCGGGGAGAGAAGAGUAAAAACAUCACAAUAAAAUGGGACAGUCAGAUCAAACCUAACAUUUCUUCCACCAACCUGCUUUGUGUUUUCCAGUCAGAGAGAAACAGGGUUUUAUAUUGUAUGCUUGCCGGUGUCGAGGUUUCAGGGUCUCAGGAUGGACAGUUUGUAGGACGAGUCCAGUGUAAGAAAGACGUCCUCAGAGAAGGACGACUCAGACUUCAUAUGGCCAGACUCAGGACGGACGACUCUGGAAAUUAUUGGUGUAACUUAACCACAAUUUUUGGCGAGACCAUGGCGAGAGUAACAUUUGUUCUGAAUGUAACCACAACAAAGUCCGGACUGGAAACUAGUGAAGGAACAAAGACCCAACCAGGAGGCCCAAAGAGAGGACAAGAUAAAUACUACAAUCGGAUGGUUGAACUGGGUUCGGGAGUUGCAGGAGUUGCAGUCGUAUUCCUUUUCUUUCUAUUUGGUUUGGUUAUUUCAACUGUAAGAUCAGGAGGUCAACAACAAGAUCCAGACCAACAUGAAACUUCGACAGAAAUGGUUAUUGCUUGAUUGAGCUGAAUAAGUGACAUCCCCAAACUGCCUCAGAUGUGAACGGACAUUUGGCAGCAUGGCGAGUACUCGCCCUGCCUCACAUGAUUUAAGAUGAGUCCAAACUGCGAGAAGAUGCAGUCGACUUGGCGGAUAAAAAGCUGACUGCACUAUUUAUGUUCCUUUUCUAACUAACUCGUACUACAGCUUAUCAAACUGGUAACAGCUAUAUGUAGACACACAUGAGCAACUUGUGAGGACAAAACAUGAUUCCAAAUGCUGUACUCGGGAAAGCUAAUAUCCAAGAGAGUCUCUCCGAUACUUGGUGGACUUCAGACUGCUUUGGGAGGAAAAAAGGUGAAUCUAGGAUUAAUUAUGAUUGGUUCAAAGUCUGUGCAUGUCACAACAUGUUAUGUUUGGCUCAAACUGCCCCUUUGGUCCCCGUCUGAACUCACUCUCCAAACACACCAAUUUCCAUCCAGCCACCAGAUGGCAUCAGACUUUCCCACCAGAUUCCUACACCCACCUGUUACUCUCUCCCAAACUGACCCUUGGCUAAGCCCCCCCCCCUACAUUACCAUGGAGCCCACACUGUAACUAACUGCAGUACCUAAAAAAAUUUAAAAGCAAUCUUUUAGAGAGAAGCAGACAAAAAUGUCUACAAUAUGUGUUUGAAGAGUAUAUCCCGGAUGAAAACAGGUUAAAAAGAUAAAGAUGGAAGCUACAGAUCACAGUGUAAAAGUGAACACCACAUGACCUGAUGAUCAAGACAUAAGACAAUGAUAUUAACGAACAAUGCAGUUCCUGGAAAGCUGAGUAGGUCUUUAAACAUUGCUAAAAUUAUUAAAAAGCAAAAGCAGAUUGUGUAUAUAUUCAGUACACUUUCAGUAGGUAGCAAGGAAUAGACGUGCUAACGCUAGUAAAUUAUGUGCUAACGUACUCUGCUAGCGUUAGCUCCACAGGUUUUUAGGUAGAAGCGUAAUGUUUUAAAAACUUAUCUCCCCGGGUAAUGAGCAUGUUGUAAUAAUUACAUAACGUAAUAAUACACAACCAGGACGAGCUCCAAAUCCUAUAAACCAGCCUGAAAAUGAAGAUCAUCUGAAACCAUUGCACAAGAGUCUAUGGAGCAGAGACCCCCCACAGUAUUUAUACCAGCCCAGCUUCACCUGCUCUUUGCCAGAUCCACCUGAGCCUGAACCUGCCCCGUUCCUAUCAACAGGUGGAUUCUCUGCCUCUUCAGUAUUCAGUUUCCUGUAAGAAUGUUUAUUAUCGUGAACCAUUAAAUCACUGAACUGUUCCAGUCUGCCUGUUUCUUUAUCUUGCUGCUACACAACUGUUGACAGUCUAACUGCGGUUUGUGAAAUAUUGAUUUGUGUACAGGGACACAAAUUUUUUUAAAAAUGUCGAUUCACUAAGCAUGUUUUUCAAAGUAACGUUAGCCUUAGGCGCCAAAACGAUUGAUAUUUGCUGCACCCUUAAUUACAUCAUUGCUGUCUCACAUAUAAAAUAUUCCAGAUCAAUGUCGACUGGUGGAUCAUCC